ACCACUCAAAAAUGCUAAAACAACAGCCUCAAAUUUUUCUACAACACAUUCUGUCUUUCUCUUUCUCCAAUAUCUUUGAAAAACCAUUGCAUUUCAGCAUUCAAAUUCAAUGGCUUUUCCUCUAUGCAAUCUCAAUCUCAAUCUUUCUCUUUUAUCUCAAUCCAAAUCAAGAUUCAAUGACAAACCCUUUCACCAUACACUUUCAUCUUCAAAACCCAUUUCUCAAUGCUCUUUAUUCCUCACUUCAUCUUCUUCUUCUUCUUCUUCUUCACUUCAAAGUUCAAAAGUUGCUCAGGUGAAUACACCAUCAUUAGCUACUCAAGAUAAACAAAAUCAGCAUCAGAAAGAUGAAUUCUAUCUAAAUCUUGGUCUGGCUGUUAGGACCCUUCGUGAGGAUAUGCCCUUGAUCUUCAUCAAAGACCUUAAUUAUGAUAUUUAUAGGGAUGAUGUAACAUUCCUGGACCCUUUGAACACAUUUACCGGUAUUGAAAAGUACAAAUUGAUCUUCUGGGCAUUGAGGUUUCAUGGUAGAAUUUUGUUUCGCGAGAUUGGUUUGGACGUAUACAGAAUAUGGCAACCUUCAGAGAAUGUGAUAUUGAUCAGGUGGAACUUGAGGGGUGUUCCUAGAGUUCCAUGGGAGGCUAAAGGUGAAUUUCAGGGUACUUCGCGGUAUAAAUUGGAUAGAAAUGGGAAAAUUUAUGAACACAAAGUUGAUAAUUUGGCAUUCAAUUUCCCUCAAAAGAUGAUGAAACCGGUUUCGGUUUUGGAUUUGGUUACUGCUUGCCCUGCAAGUCCAAAUCCAACAUUUUUAUGGGGUCCUUUGGAUUCAAACUCUUGUUCGUGGAUAGAGUUUUAUCAGGCUGUUAAGGGCACAUUGGAUCAAGAAAGACAGUUAUUACCACAAGAUGGUUUGGCUACAUGUUCAUAGUGGCCGAUCACUUAGCGAAUUGUUUCGUUUUCUUUUACAAUGUAUAGUAUACAUUUUAAUAGGUUAGAUAUAAUGAACUCGGUUAGUAGCAUGAAAUGUUUCUCUCAAUAGACAAGAGUGUAUAUAGAUAGGAUGAAGAAGAGUUCAAGUUGCACAUUCUAUAUGCUAUACAGAUAGAGAUGGAGAAACUUCAUAUGUUUGGUAUGUUUAUGUUUAUACAUAUAUGAGGUAGAUUUAUAUGCUAUACUCAAAAUUUUAUAGUUUAGAAUUAACUUUGAUUCUCUUA